ACUUCCAGUGCACACAAACAAUGCAUGACGUGCCUGUCAAUGAACGCAAGGCAGUAAAGCAUUCGUGUGUUUUUUUUAUUCAAUACUGGCGAAGGUGCCAUUGCAUCUAUGCAUUCUGGCAAAGAAUCGGAGCUGCUUAAAUGCACGGAUCGGCUGUGAUGCACAUUUUAAAGGCACCACAGACUCUGCUUUGUGAAUAUGCAGAUCGGCGUGUAUGUGUGCGGCUGUGGAUGUGAAGGGAGCCGUCCUACCCUGAGGCAGCCUGUGCGACUGACGGAGGGAGGGAGGGAGGAAGGGAGCGAGGCAGGCAGGAAGGAAGGCAAGGCAUUGAAUGCUAACAAGGAGAGUUAAGGUUCAAGCAGUGCUAAAAGGUGGGGGGUGGGUUUAACACCGAGCAAUGGAGAAGUACAAUUAACCUGGUAUGUGCCAGAUCGCGAUUUACGCCGGUCGUCAUCAUCAUCAUCAUCAUCAUCAUCAUCAUCAUCAUCGGUACAACCAUCUUCAACUUUCCCGUUGAGUGAAAUGCAUCGAGGCUGAAUGGGAUCCAAAAACUGACGAUGGAGAUUGAAAAUAUCGUGGCCAACACUGUGCUACUGAAAGCCCGAGAAGGUGGGGGCGGGAAGAGAAACGGCCGGAGCAAGAAAUGGAAAGAGAUGCUGAAGCUACCGCACAUCAGCGAGUGUGAGGAGCUGAGAAUGACCAUUGAAAGGGACUACUCCAGCCUGUGUGAGAGGCAGCCUAUCGGACGCCUGCUAUUCCGUCAGUUCUGCGACACGCGGCCGGAGCUGAAGCGCUGCAUCGAGUUCCUGGAUGCUGUGGCUGAAUAUGAGCUGGCGCCGGAUGAGAAGAGGAGAGACUGUGGCUUGAAUGUCUUAGACACGUACUUCAAUAACGGGUCUGCAGCACAUUUACCAGAAAUACCUCAGGAAGUCGUAGCGGAGUGCAGAGAGAAGCUGGAGAGGAGUCCCUGCAAGGAGCUGUUCAAGGAGUGUGCCAGGAUCGUCCGCGAGUAUCUGAGUGGGGCCCCGUUCACCGCCUACCAAGAAACGAUGUACUUCUCUCGGUUUUUGCAGUGGAAGUGGCUGGAAAGGCAACCCGUAACCAAAAAUACCUUCAGACAUUACAGAGUCUUAGGAAAGGGUGGCUUUGGGGAGGUCUGUGCCUGCCAGGUACGAGCCACGGGCAAGAUGUACGCCUGCAAAAAGCUGGAGAAGAAGAGAGUGAAGAAGCGGAAAGGGGAAGCCAUGGCACUGAACGAGAAGCGCAUUUUAGAGAAAGUCAACAGCAGCUUUGUGGUCAGCCUAGCGUACGCCUACGAGACCAAGGACGCCCUUUGCCUGGUCCUCACCAUCAUGAAUGGAGGCGACCUCAAGUUCCACAUCUACAACAUGGGCAACUCGGGCUUCGAUGAGCAGCGCGCCAUUUUCUACGCCGCCGAGAUCUGCUGCGGCCUGGAGGACCUGCACCGGGAGAGGAUUGUUUACAGGGACUUGAAGCCUGAAAACAUCCUUUUAGACGACCGCGGUCACAUCCGAAUCUCUGAUUUGGGGCUGGCGGUCCAGAUCCCGGAGGGGGAGACGAUACGUGGGCGAGUCGGCACGGUGGGCUACAUGGCUCCUGAGGUGAUCCAGAACGAGAGCUACACCUUCAGCCCGGACUGGUGGGGCCUGGGCUGCCUGAUCUUUGAGAUGAUCCAGGGCCAGUCGCCUUUCCGCCGGCGCAAGGAGCGCGUCAAGCGCGAGGAGGUGGACCGGCGGGUGCGUGAGGACCAGGAGGAGUACUCUGAGAAGUUCUCCGAAGAAGCGAAGGAUAUCUGCCGGCAGCUGCUGGCAAAAGACCCCAAGGAGCGGUUGGGCUGCCAGGGCCGAGGCGCGGCAGAGGUGAAGCAACACGCCAUCUUCCGGAACAUCAACUUCAAGAGGCUGGAGGCCAACAUGCUGGAUCCGCCCUUCAGCCCCGACCCUCGUGCGGUCUACUGCAAAGAUGUGCUGGACAUCGAGCAGUUCUCCACUGUCAAAGGGGUGAACCUGGACCCCACAGACGACGACUUCUACCACAAGUUUGUCACAGGAAGUGUCUCCAUCCCCUGGCAGAACGAGAUGAUCGAGAUGGAGUGUUUCAAGGAGAUAAACAUUUUCGAGACAGACGGCGUCCUGUGUCCGGACCUCGACGUGAACCGACCAAACCCCCCACCUAAGAGAGGCCUCUUCUACAGGCUCUUUGGGAGACAGGUCUGCUUUAAGAGUGGCUACAGUGACGAGGAUGAGGAACCCUCCAGACUUUAAACCACUGUCUGCCAAAAGAUCGCAAUCUUAACAAAAUGAAUGUUUUACUGUAUUUAUGAAUUGUAUCAAAAGUGUAUUAUAAUUAAAGAAAAAAGUAUGAGUUUAAAGAUUUUGUACAUUUGUACUUGAAUUAUGUCUAGAUGUAUAUUUUCACUAAAGGUUGUACUGUAUAAAAAGCCAUAUAAGUACCACUUGAAUGCAUACAUAAUGUUUUUUCCUUUGGAAUUAGUAUGAAAAUGUGUAUUUAAUUAUUGUUUUCAAAGCACAGUAUGGUAUCUGUCUUAUUCUUUGCAGUAGCAUAGGGAUUUAUGUCUUAUGUUCCCAUUUUUUCAUGUUUUUUUGGACAACACAUAACAUUAAUGCACCACACUGUCAGCUGCGAAUCCUAUAAAGGCGGCACGUACGGAAAGGUUUACUACGACCUGAGUUGGGCCGCUCCUACCAUCACGGAUGGUGGGGGACUAGCGGGGAUGCGAAUUUUAGUUUUACAGGGUGAUUUGGGAAAGCUCAUUUAUAUUCACGAACGAUGCUACUUGAUUGGCCAGUGGAUGCUUUUGACAAUUCACUGACCAAUCAGAUACCUUCUCUCAUGAAUAUGAAUGCAUUUUCCCGUACCACUCUGUAAAACGAAAAUUUGCAAGUGGGAUUCGCAGCCUUGCUCGCACCCGAUAAGCACACUUCUCUUGCAUUGCUUUAACCCCCUUUAACAUCCAGAUACACAUGGGUCGUCAGAGACACAAAACAGCCGCUACCGGAUCGCCGUCCCACCACGACUCUUUAUUCUCCGUUCAGACGAAAACGGGGUCAGCAGAAGACCAUUAUGCAUAUUUCCUCCAUUUCGUUCAUUCGCAUUAUUUUUUUAAUUUAUUUUUUUUUAUAAAAAAAAAACAUAAUUACGCAGUAAUUAUUAUGGCCUUUUUUCUUUCAUUCUUUGGAAAUUGUGCUUUGUGAUGUGAGCUGUUUAAAUAAUGCUUGUCGCAAACAAAAUAGCAAACAAAAGUCUUUUAAAUCCGAGAGUAGUAUUGGAUCGGUUUCAUGGAUAUCCAUAGUGGUAAAUAAAUAACAUUCCAAACUGUUGUGUUAAGAUUAGGGGUAUAAUCCUGAUAUCAUGGUGCCUAAUAUUCCCUGCUGAUUUUAGUGAGCAACUUUGGGUGUACCUAUGCCUUAAGCAAUGAUAAUAACUGAACCUUAUGUUAAAUGUCGCUAAACACUCACAGCAGACCACUGUCUUACAGUAGAGCCAAAGCCUAUCAUAAAAUAUAUGGCUGGCCUUUACCCAUUUUCAGUAUUUUACUUUUUUUAAAAGUACACUGCGAAGUAUAAUAUUUGAACAACUCCUCGAACGGGGUUUUUGAAAACGACAAAUAAGUCUGUAUGUAUAUAAUAUAAUUAAAUAUGCUUAGUGCUAGACGGGAUUUUGCAUUAUUAUGUGUUUUUAAUUGUAACUGCACACACGCAUUAAGGCACGCGCGCAAACGACUGCCGUGUCUGUAGUUUCCCGCCAAAAACGUGCUUCGCAUGUGUUCAUCAUCUAGCCUACAUGUCCACACAAUUCAUGUACAGUUACUUACUCUGUACAGUUUCCAAGUAAAAUACAUUGGCUGCCUCCAAAUCCAUGCUUUACACAAACCAUAUUUGUACAGAAACGCAACACCGAUUCAUCCGAAAUGAUGGAAAACUGAAUUUGCUCAGAUUAUCCGGCCGUUCCAUUAAGCGUUAAACUCGCACUUUUGCAUUUCCGUCCAAGUAGGCCGAAAUCGUACUUGUUAAGAUGCAAAGCUCUGCGUUCUGCCUCUGCGUGACGCAAUGAUUAUAAACGACACCCCUGGCUUAUUACAAGGGGUAGAUGCGGUAGAUGAUUUACUUUGGCUCUUGGCCCGGGUACGUUGAUUUAUAAUUUGUUCAACAGCCACAGUCGCAGUUAACUGAGAAGGUUUCUGAUUAUCAUGAUACUCUUUCCGUUAAUCUGCCAGAGGAGUAUCGCCGCGUUGAAUCCAUUUGCUUGUCCAUUCCCACGCAGCACAUGUAUUAAUAAAAACUCUGCUUAUCUGUAAAGACACAGAAACGUGUUGUUUUAACUGCACUUCGUCAAAUUGGUGCAGCAGAGAAGUUGACAUUUGGACGUGACCGGAAGGGGGGCAUUUGCAGGAUUUGCUGUUUUAUUUCACAUUGCUUUCCACACGAAGCUGGAGUGGGCGUUAAUCCUGUUUCCAGCAGUCAUUCGUUGUCCCCCACGUGUGAACUCCUUGCUCUCAGCCAUUAUCGUGUGGACUUUUACCGACUCUUGUUAAUGCUGUGAAGCCGACGUCUAAUUCCGUUACAUUUUAAAAUGUUUAAUUCCCUGCAUUUUAACUUUGAUGUGUUCAGGAAUUGUCCACAAAACAGGAGAAAGUCUUGAAUUUGCCACGGUUUCCACUGUUUCCACCGUGGAAAACAAAAACAGCUCGAAAUGAAGGAACCGCAAAUCAUUUUACAGGUCUUAAAACCGAUCUGAUGGGGUUUCUGAUAUACUCCAUUUAAAUUCUGGGCUUUCAGUUUGGAACAAAAGUAAACUCUGGAGGCAUUCUGUAAAAGGGUACCCAUCGCCACUUUAGAACAAUUUUCUGAAGGUUUAAUCAUGGGUUCUCAUUUUAUAUGAAACAUCUAUUUUUUUGCACGCCAUGAUCGGGAAAAGAAAAAGUUUUAAACACCUGUAAUAUGACUAAUGUCCACAAAACACCACUCACAGAAAAUGAUAUGGGCUUUUAAUAUUGUUCUACGAUUAAAUAGCAUAAUUGAUGUUUACACAUGCAGCUACGUAGAACGGGCUUGACCACGUCAGGCAGCAGAAGUGAUUCGUGUACAUUACUGAGUAAAGGUAAAGAUUAAGGGGCUUUUACAGGCAUGUUUUGUGUCUCUAUUGGGCUGUGUGGUAGAUUUUAUCAUAAGAUGGCAUUAAGGCAUAUUCGUGGUCAGUUGGUCUUAGGGAAAUGUGAACGAGUGACAUUAAUUCUUCUAAAUGCUAAUGACCGGCUGCGAUUGCUUUUGUUUGCCCAUUGAGGCUCAAGUGAUUGUAACUUUCUAACAGGAAUAUGUGACAACAAAAGUUCCUCCCAUCUCUAUUAAGAAAUUGAAAUAGGAAAUUUGCAUUACGUGAAAUUGACACUUUCAUCAUAUUUGAUAUUUCAUGUUAAACCUGAAAUUUCAUGUUAAACCUUUACCUCAGUGCCAGUUUAUUAUUAUUAUGGGAUAUUUUGUUAUCUGGUCCAUGGGCCUAUUGGAGAGACGAAUCUGCUACAUCCCCAAGUUUGCUGGUAAGGAAAUAAUUUAAAGUGCAUUUUAAUGCCUGUUUAGAAACAUGUUACUAAUCAAGCAUGUAUUAGUAGUAAUCUUCAGGUUUCUUGUUUGUAAAUUAUAUCGCAGUGCCAACAUAUCAUGCAUAUCGGAUGCCACCUUUAUUCAUUUCAUUCCCGGUGAGCGAUUUUGUAGGUGUACAGUCAUGUCUUUCAACCACUGCAGUCAAUGUAAUUCUUGUACAAGUUCUGUCACUGGGUGUUGUACCAUAUCUGACAUUUGUAUUUAUGAAAUAAAACACUGCCAUUUGUA